GCGUUCCCAUCGAAAGAUGCUGUGCAGGAUGCGUUUACAGAAGAGGCGUUGAGGCGCAAUUUCGAGUGGAAGGUAAAAUAUUCUGACAGUAAACAACUACAUGUCAUAUGCAAGCAUGAUGCAGAGGGUUGUACGUGGCAACUGCGGGCUGCAAAUAUGAAGAGAAAGGGUGCUUGGGUGAUUCGCAAAGCUGAGACGAUCCACACAUGCUCCUCUUCUAUACUUUCCCAAGAUCACAGGCAACUAAAGGCAAAAAAGGUUGGGAGAACUAUUAAGCACCUUAUAGAAGCACAACCAGAUAUCAAGGUGAAAGCUAUCAUGGCAGAGGUGAAGGAUCGACAUUCUUACACGAUAAGGUAUAAAAAAGCAUGGCAUGGUAAGCAGAAAGCCAUGGCUGAGGUGUAUGGUGAUUGGGAGGAUUCGUAUGCUUUACUCCCUAGACUUAUGGGAGCAAUGGAGGAGUCCAAUCCUGGGACUGUUUUCGUCCCAGUAUACAACAAUGUAUACACUGAGGAUCAAGUUCGAGUACAGGAUAAGUUGAUGUUCCAUCGUCUUUUUUGGGCUUUUAAACCAUGCAUUGACGGAUUUGGGUUCUGCAUACCGGUUAUUCAGGUUGACGGAACUUUCCUUACUGGGAAGUACAAAGGAUGUCUUCUAAUUGCCACUGGCGUAGAUGGAAACAGGCGGAUUUUCCCGCUUGCAUUUGCAUUAGUGGAGGGGGAGAACAGCUUAAGUUGGGCUUGGUUCUUUGACCAACUGCACGAGCACGUGACACAGCGGGAAGAUAUUACGAUUAUAUCCGAUCGACAUGCGGGGAUAAGGAAUGCUGUUGGUGGUUUUCCCGACGAGUGGGGGUGGAGAUGGAGAUGGUGUAUUCGACACUGGCUCGCCAAUUUCCAACACAAAUUUGGGAAGAAGAAAGACAUCAAGAAUUUACUUUGGAAUGCAGCGGUUGCACAUCAACCAAAAAAGUACGAGGAGAAGAUGAAAACGAUCCGUCAUACCCACCGAGCUGGAGCAGUAUGGGCUGAAGGUCAAGAGUUGCCCAUGUGGACGUUCCAUAUGGACAACGGGGCCAGAUGGGGCAUUGCAACUACCAACCAUGGAGAAAGUAUAAAUAAUGUGUACAAGGGUCUUCGAGCGAUGCCUAUUUCUGUCAUCGUGGAGAUGUCUUACUGGAAGGUCAACGAAUGGCGAGUUGCUCGGCUACAGCUAGCAAUAGGGAGGGAGUUGCAAGGUCAUUCAAUAGCACAUGACGUAUUCGCUCAAAUGCAGAAGAACGAUGAAAAAUCAAGUAAGCAUAAGGUUGUUCUUUUUGACCGCAGUGAAGGAAUAUUCGCUAUCAAUGGCACUUUGCACAACCACGUCUCGUGAUCCAGAGGGUGCCUAAGAUGAUGCAGCUCACCCACUUCACGUGGAUAUGGAUCCCAUAUAACCU